AGCGGGGCGGAGGAGGAGCCUCUCGCAGCGAAUGGGCGAGGGCUGCCGGGUUUAUAAACGUGCGUGUCCCCCGCCGCCGCCGAGCCCCCUGACUCCGGCGGCAGCGGCGCCCGCCCGACCUCAGCCGUGGCUGUCCCAGAAAGGACGUGUUUCUGACAGCUCCAUAGCUCCAGGGGUGUGCAGGGAGGCUCCAAGGUGUGACAGCAUCAUUUAUUUCUGCAACGGAACAGAAGAAUGCGCUCAGCUGCGCUUCUCAGCAGCUCUGCAGCCUGUGGACAGUGUGGGCAGUUUUCUGUACGCAGCAUCCUGGAAAAUGUGCGUUCCCUUGAAGAAGUGAUCUGCUAAAAAGCACGUACUUGUACAGUUGUUGUAGCCUGCCUUGUUGCGCUGCUUUUAUGGUCUGAAAUGCCUGGUCUUUAAUACUGCCUGGGAUUUGCAUUUCUUCUCCUGAAGAAACACUCCCUGCCACAGUUAUUCAAGGAGCCCUGAAGAGCAAGGACACUGAAGAUGAUGGCUCUCUGUGCUUUGUAUGCAGUUUGGGGUCUGGUAGUGGAAGUGGCCGUAGCAUUUGGCCCAGUACCGAGGAUCACUUGGGAGCACAGAGAGGUUCAGCUAAUACAUUUUCAUGAAUCGGAAGUGUCAAACUAUUCAACCCUGCUGUUAAGUGAAGACAAAGAUGUUCUAUAUGUAGGAGCCAGAGAAGUGAUUUUUGCAUUAAACGCAGUGAAUAUUGCUGAAAAGCAGCACGAGUUACACUGGAAGGUCACAGAAGAUAAAAGGACUAAAUGUGCAGUCAAGGGCAAAUCAGAACAGACAGAGUGUCGUAAUUAUGUGCGCGUCUUGCAACAGCUGAAUGAUACUUUUCUCUAUGUGUGUGGAACGAAUGCAUUUCAGCCAACAUGUGAUUACCUGAAUUUAAUUUCAUUUGAACUUGGAGGUAAAAAUGAAGAUGGUAAGGGCAGAUGUCCAUUUGAUCCUGCUCAAAGCUACACAUCUGUUAUGGUUGAUGGAGAGCUUUAUUCUGGGACUUCUUACAAUUUCUUGGGAAGUGAACCUAUCAUUUCACGGCACUCCACUCAGAGCCCUCUGAGAACAGAGUAUGCAAUACCUUGGCUCAAUGAGCCCAAUUUUGUUUUUGCUGAUGUGGUAAGAGCAGACCAAAACAGCACAGAUGGAGAAGAUGACAAGAUAUAUUUCUUUUUCACUGAGGUAUCUGUGGAAUAUGAAUUUGUUGGAAAACUGAUGAUUCCAAGGAUAGCUAGAGUGUGCAAGAGGGACCAAGGAGGAUUAAGGACCUUGCAGAAAAAAUGGACUUCCUUUCUCAAGGCCAGAUUGAUUUGUACUAUCCCUGAUAAGAAUUUAAUUUUCAAUAUUAUCAAUGAUGUUUUUAUUCUCAAGUCUCCAACUUUGAAGGAGCCAGUGAUAUAUGGAGUCUUCUCUCCGCAACUGAAUAAUGUGGGUCUGUCAGCAGUGUGUGCAUACAAUCUGUCUACUGUAGAAAAUGUUUUCUUGAAAGGAAAAUAUAUGCAGAGUGCUACAGUAGAACAGUCUCAUACAAAGUGGGUACGAUACAAUGGGGAAAUUCCUAAUCCUCGACCUGGUGCGUGUAUAAACAAUGAAGCCAGAGCAUCAAACUACAUGAGUUCUCUGAAUUUACCAGACAAGACAUUGCAGUUUGUUAAAGAUCAUCCUCUAAUGGAUGACUCAGUGACCCCAGUGGGAGACAGACCUCGCCUAGUAAAACGAGAUGUGAAGUAUACUCAGAUUGUAGUAGACAGAGUCAGAGCUCUCAACAGCACCAUAUAUGAUGUUAUGUUCAUCGGUACAGAUCAAGGAGCACUGCACAAAGCUAUCAGCUAUGAAAAUGGAAUGCAUAUUAUUGAAGAAACACAGCUUUUUCCAAACUUUGAGCCAGUCCAAACUCUCUUGCUUUCAUCCAGAAGAGGCCAAAGAUACCUCUAUGCUGGUUCAAAUUCUGGUGUGGUUCAGUCUCCAGUGGCAUUCUGUGACAAGUAUACCACUUGUGUUGACUGUGUUUUAGCAAGGGAUCCUUACUGUGCUUGGAAACCCCUUGAAGCUUCCUGCAUUGAUAUUUUUAAAGAAAGUGAAGUCGAAAGGAGCUGGAUUCAGAACAUUGGUGGAGAUGCAUCUUCUUGUUCUGAUAAAGUAAGAGAGAAUUCCCUACAGCAUACAUUCAAGCAUGGGAGCACAGCAGAACUCAAGUGUUCUCAAAAGUCCAAUCUGGCACAGGUAGUUUGGAAGUUCAAAGACGAUGUACUGAGAGUGGAAAGUCCCAAGUACCGUCUGCUGGAAAAGGCACUGCUCAUCUUCAAUUUAUCAGAAGGAGACAGUGGUGUUUACCAGUGUUUGUCAGAAGAAAAAGUGAAGAAUAAGAAAUUCUCUCAAGUGCUAGCUAAGCAUGUUUUGGAACUGAAAAAGAUCCAGCAUACCACAGCAGGCCCCACCACAGCAGCUGCACCAACAGAAGGUAAUAGCCGUGUGCCAAAAGUGUCAGCUGUAUCAACUGAGGGGUCUACUGCUCACACCUCGACCACUCUUAUGGUACCAAUCACAACAGCAAGGAUAGUAACAAAGCCCAUUGGCCCUGUCCUAACAAGUGCAGCCUCCAAGACAGAGCACUUCAAUUCCAUUCCUGACACGGUCCCAGAAAAGACGAUGUUCCUCAAGUCAAACGAUAACUUCCUGUUGAUGUUCCUCUUCCUCUUCUUUUUUAUUCUGUUCUUGUGCCUGCUCUCUUACAACUGUUACAAAGGGUACUUGCCAGGGCAGUGCUUGAAAUUUCGUUCUGUCAUGCUGCUUGGUAAGAAGAAAACUAAGUCAGAUUUUUCUGAUUGCGAGCAAAGUGUCAAGGAGACGCUGGUGGAGCAAGGCAGUGUCAGCCAUCAGAGCGGGGAGCAGCUGAAGCCGGCACACGACACUGGCUACGAGACUGAGCCCGACUAUGGGAACAGCCAGCUGCAGCCUGGGGAUUCACAGGUGUCCCGAGAGGCCAAGGACAAGCCCUUCGAUGUCAAGUGUGAGCUCAAGUAUGCCGACUCAGAUGCAGAGGGGGACUGAAGGACCCAAUCGUUCAUUUCAGUGGUGGAAAUCAGCUGCAGUCCUGUGACUGUUUGAGCGCAGAGAGCGGGUGUGACAGCUGAGCCAUAGUGGGGAUUACAUGCCUGAGCUGUACAGCAAGCCAAUUUGUGUUCGGAUCUCGCCAGAUUAGAGAAGCGGUGUACUUGUCUGCAGACCAUAGCAUCUUGUGUUGUACUGUCCCUUUUGUUUGUUUUUGCUAAAUGGCCAGUUUCAGAUCACCAUUUGUUCCCAAUUUUCCCCCCACCAAUCGCUUCACUCUAGUGAACAGUUACGUGCUUGUUCUUCAGCCCUGUUCUUCCAUAGGAUACAAGUAACUUUCUAAUUCAACUGGCUUUAAAAAGUACUUCAGUCUACACAUAUUUUUAGCUGCCAUUAAAAAAAGACCUAGUUUCAUUUUAAUUCCAAAUUGGAAAUUAAGUUUAGUUUUAUCAGAUUGGUAAAUUAUAGACUUUUGUCCAGAUUGGGACAUUUUUUUUUCUUUGCUUCUUGUGAUUAUUUUUAGUUUUAUGCUUUCUGUUUUGGCACACUAGGUCUCUUUUAGUUAAUUGAAGUUAUUUUUAACUGCUCUUUAAGUAUCUUAAAUGUUAAGGUAUAAUGGGGAUAUAGCAUUGGCUUGAUUUGUGUAAGACUCAGGGAUAAUCUUGUUUAAAGGCUUUUUUUCUUUGCUGCUUUCUAGAAAUUUAGGUACAACAAAUAUCAGUACAAAACAUGGAGUAAGUGGCGGAGGAGGAAGGAAAUAAUAGAUUUAGGAAUACUUUUCCUCGCUCCCCCCGUUCCCCUCCUGUCUCCCCCCUUCUGCCUCCCACUCCCACCCUUAACCAGCAAGCUGGACGUAGUCACAUUCUAUUUUCUAUACAAAACUGGAUCUUUUGUUAAAGUGAAACAGUACAGGCAAGCAGCUGUCAGUUAGCAGUGACACAGAGAGAAGUUUUUUGCACUGUGGAAGUGAAACAGGAGUUGAGAAGAAUUAACUACAAUAAUUCAGCUAGUGACGUGCUGGAAUGGACUGUUAGGAUACAGCCUGAUGAGAAAACAUUGCUGGUUUGGUUUUUUUUUUCAGAUUCAGAAAUAACUCAGCUUCUUUUUGUGACAAAUCUUUGCAGCGUCACCCUUUCUGGAUGACACCUUGCAAUCUCCUGUGCAACUGGAGACUGAAACUGGAGCUGCUCAAACAAGCAUUUGAACUGUUUAUGUGAAUCAUGCCUGCAAACGUGACAGCAUGCAUUUCUCAGCCUGGUUCACAGCAGCACUGUUUGUCUGUAAAAGCAUUUUGUGCGGUACAGUCCUGAAGAAUUGUUCCUCUCACUGCAUCUUUCUGUAAAUACUGCUAGAAGUAGAAUACAUUUGAACAGUAAAUAGCAGUAUGCCUGGGCUGCUUUUCUGUGUUCAACUUUCAUGCGAACAUAAUUUAGACCAUCUUAGUGUAAACAGUUUAUAUUUUAUAAGAUUCAGUUUGGUUUUAUUUUUCUAUUUUUAAUUAUGUACAUAUAACAGAAUAAAUAUUAAAAUAAAUUGUAUUAUAUCUUGA